UUCGUCGUCGUCUUCUUCCUUUUCCUCUGAGCUCUCUCGUCGAGCUCAUCAAUGGCGGUGAAGGGGAAGGGGAAGCAGGUGGCUUCCUCCCCCUCCUCCGCCUCCGCGAAGCGAAAGAACCCCGCCGCCGAGGCAGCGCAGGGCUCCGGUGGCGCCGCCUCCUCCCGCGGCCGCGCGAAGCGGGGCCGCCCCGGCGUGUUGCAGUUCUUCGAUGACGCCGCCAUGGACGCCGACGACGACGAGCUCGAGUCCGGUGGCGAGGACGCCGAGGAGGAUUUUCCUGAUGAAUGCAAAGCUGAAAAUGAAGACUUGAAAGGCACAGCGAGGCCUCCUCACCUUCCCUUUUUUGUGAAGGAAGAGGAGUUGAGUGGUGAUGAACUGGAAGAACUAAUUAAAGACCGUUACGGUCGUAGUUCGAAGUAUGUAGUGCAUGCUGAAGAUUCUAAAGAAUCUGGAGAUGAAGUAUCUGCAGCUGAUUUAAUGAAGGAUCCUACUGUUUGGAAGAUUAAAUGCAUGAUUGGUCGUGAGAGGCAGAUGGCCUUUUGCUUCAUGCAAAAGUUUGUUGACUUGGACUGUCUCGGAAACAAACUGCAAAUAGUUUCUGCUUUUGCACUUGACCAUGUGAAAGGUUUUGUUUUUGUUGAAGCGGACAAAGCAAAUGACGUUAGCGAGGCAUGCAAAGGAUUUUGUAACAUAUAUCCAGGCAGAAUUAACCUUGUCCCCCCAAGUGAAGUUUCUCAUUUGCUCUCUAGUCGUAACAAAUCUUGUGGAAUAUCUCAGGGUUCGUGGGUCCGUAUGAAGAGUGGGAAAUAUAAAGGAGAUCUUGCACAGGUUGUUAAUCUUGAUGAUGGACGGAAAAGAGUGAUGAUAAAGUUGAUUCCUAGAAUUGAUCUGCAAGCUAUUUCAAAAAAAUUUGGUGGUGGACUAUCUUUGAAGCAUGCUGCAGUUCCUGCUCCACGUCUUAUUAGCUCGCAUGAACUAGAUGAGUUCAGACCCCUUAUUGAAACGAGACGUGAUCGUCAAAGUGGUGAAGUUUUCGAAGUACUUGAUGGUAUGAUGUUGAAAGAUGGUUACAUGUACAAAUGGGUUUCAAAUGGAUCAGUUGUUUUCUGGGGAGUACAGCCAUCUGAAUCUGAACUUCUGAAGUUCUCUAACGUGAAUAAGGAUGACAGCGAGGACUUAGAUUGGGUUUCAAGUGUUUAUAGUGGUCGUAAGAAAGUACGGUUGACUGACGACUCAGAUAAUGUUGCAACUACUUCUAGGAAGAAUGAGUACAAACUUCAUGAUCUCGUGUUAUUCGGACAAAAGGACUUUGGUGUUAUUGUUACUGUGGAGAAAGACGGAGUCCGGAUACUAAAAGGCGGCACUGAAGGAUCGGCCGUUGUGACACUUAGGAAGCAGGAUAUUAAGAGUGGUUGUGUUGAUAAAAUGUUCACUGCUUUAGACCGGCACUCGAAGACCAUAUCUGUUAAUGACAUUGUCAAGGUUCUGGAGGGAUCCUUAGAGGGUAGACAAGGCAUUGUGAAGCACUUGUACAGGGGCUCAAUAUUUAUCUAUGAUGAAAAUGAGACUGAGAAUAGUGGGUUCUUCUGUGCCAAGUCUGAGUCAUGUGAGAAAAUCAAGAAGUCAAGGGAAUCAGUGAAUUCUUUUGAUGACAAUUUGCAGGGAGAUGGGUCAGCUUCUCUAUUUUCAGAGCCGCCUACCAUAUCAUUCGAGAAUCAAGAUAGUUCUUCUGGUGCUGGUAGGCGUCGCCAAUAUGAUAGAGAUUCCCUCUUCUCCAUUGGGCAGACAUUGAGGAUAUGUAAAGGCCCUUUAAAAGGUUACCUCUGUCGUGUUGUGCGCAUCUUUCGCUCCGAGGUGACAGUAAAGCUGGAUUCUUUAGUGAAAAUUAUUACAGUUGAUGCCAAGUUUCUUUCUGUUCCAACCAGAAAAAGGGAUGAUUCAACUGGUGCAGCAUCUGAUCUGUUUGGAACUCAAGAAAUGCCAUCGAUAGGUCCAUUCUCUGCUGAUGGAACAGAAUCACAACCUGGUAGAAGUUCAUGGGAUAGUCCAUUACCAUCAUUUGGCAGUGACGGUUGGCAACCAUUUUCUGCCUCCAAGCUAUCAGCUGCUGGCAAUACUGACAAUAAAACAGAUGACGUCGACCCAUGGGGUAGCAAGGUGAAAUCUGAUCAAUCAGCAGACACCUGGGCUAAUGCAGCUGCCCCUAGCGGAGAUCAAAAUUCAUCAUGGGAUAAAUCAACAACUAAUGCCGCCAGUGGUCAAGCUGAUACUUGGCAAAAUAACUCAAAUGAUUGGAGUAACAAAGGUUCUCAAAAAAGCACUUCUGACGCCGGUGGAUGGGAGAAAGAAAAAACGCUGGCAAGUGAUUCUGGAGGAAGCUGGGGCACGGGCAACAAAAUAAGCAACUUGGAUAAUUCAAAAACUGGUGGAGACAAUGCCUGGGAUAAAGCAUCAAACGAUAAGGACAAAGGGAAGGGUUCUAGCUGGAACGAACCAAAUAAUUGGACAAAAUCUGAGGCUGUUACCAGCAAAACAGAUUCUUGGGAUGUUAAGGGCAAAGCAAUUGCGAUGGAUGAUGGUGAUACUUGGGGUAAAGCUAAGGGAAAAGGAAUAGUGAUAAAUGAGGACGAUUCUUGGGACAAAGCUAAGGGAAAAGGUAUAGUGAUAAAGGAGGACGAUUCUUGGGGCAAAGCUACGGGGAAAGGAAUCGUGAUAAACGACGAUGAUACUUGGGGCAAAGCUAAAGGAAAGGGAAUAGAGAUGAAUGAAGAUGAUCCUUGGGGCAGAGCUGCAACGAACCAAAGCAAGAGUGGUAAUGAAAGUCAAAAUUGGGGAUCAAGCCAAAGUCAAGAAAAAGAUGGUGCAUUCAAAGGAAACCAAAGUGGUGGUUGGGAUGCUGCUGCUAAAUCAACCCAAUCAUCAGCAGCUGGAGGCAACACCAGCAGCUGGGAUAAAGCAGCAAAGGAGAAAACUGAAACUGAAAGUGGCAAUUGGAAUAAAGCAGGAGUGUCUAAUCAAAAUCCAAAUGACAACUGGUAUAAGCCAAAAUCUUUUGGUGGUGAUUCUAUGUCGAACUGGAACAAAGGAGAGGACAAAGCUGACAGAGAUAACCAAACAGAUAGCUGGAACAAACCAAAGAGUUUCGAUGGAGGGGAUUGGGCCAAAAGUGAUAAACAGGGUGGCUGGAACAAACCAAGUGGUAACUAUGGAAACAAUGGUGCUGGUGGAGAAAAACAUGAGGAGAGAAAUUGGAACAGGAAAGGGGAUUUUGAUGGAUCUAAGGGGUCUAGCUGGAAUAGAGGAGGUCGAUAUGGAGGAAGAGGAAGAGGUUGUGAUAACAAUGAAUUUGGGGAUUCCAGGGACAAUUCUGUAGACUAUAGACCUUUUGGUCGCGGUGGAGGUCGUGGUGGUGGCUUUGGCCGUGGUCGCGGGAGAGGUGACUCCUCUGAUUGCAGGAAUGAACGGCAAAGUUCCGGAGAAGGAACUUAUUCUAAAGCUCCUUCUAGUUGGGCUAGUGAUCAAGGUGCUGGCUGGGAUAAAUCUAGUAGCUUUCGUCGAAAUGAAAAACCAACAGAUAAUUUUAUUCAGGAUAAAGAUGCUGCUAAUGAGGCAGGGAAGAGUUGGGGUGCUAAAAGCUUGUCGGAGCCGAAGAAGGAUGACACAGACACCAAUUGGACUUCUUCGGAUUCUAAGUGGAAUCUUGGGCAGUCCAAGAGAAGUGAAGAUGGUGGUGGAGAUAAGUGGAAUGCGUCGAAAUCUUCUAGUUGGGAUAAGUUCUCAUCUGAAAACAAAUCAGCUGAUGCAUCUGUACCUACAAGUGGAUGGAAUAGUUCAAAUUCUUUGCAGGACAAGCAAUCAAGUGGCUUCUCUGGGAAAACAUUUGCUGCUGAGGAUGCUGGAGCAGGUCAAGAAUGUGAAGCUGAUCCUUGGGCUAGUAAGGUGACUUCUAAAGCUGGAAACGAUUCUUUUGAUGCGGGAUGGAACAAAGCUUCUACCAAAAGUGGCACCAACUUUGAUUUGUUGGAGAAAACAAAGCAUGCAAGCAGUGAUCCUGCAGCCAAUGAUAAAUCAGAUGCGUGGAAUGCUAAAGGGAGGAAGUCGACGUUGGGAAGUGAAGAAGAAGAUGCUUGGGGCAAAGCUUCAAAGCCUCAAGAGAACAUCACCACCGAAACCAAUGUUGGAAAUAGUUCAACUUGGAAUAAAGAGCAAGAUACUAGCUUAAACAGCGGAAGCAAAUGGGAGUCAGCAGCUUCACAAAGGAGCCAAUCAGAGUCACAAUGGAAUAACUGGGAGAAGACAAAAGAUAAAGGUGCAACUCCAACAGACAGCUGGAGUAAAUGUUCUUCAUUUGAUGGAGGCAAUGAAUCCACCUGGGAUAAACCAAGAAAUUCUGAGGGUCGUGGAUUUGGUGGGUUUGGUGGUGGAAGAGGAAGAGGACGCUAUUCUGGAGAAGGUGGUUAUCGAUCUCGUGACAACGACUGGAACAAACCAGCAGAUCGCGGGAACGAUCACCGAUCUAGUUGGAACAGAGAUGAAAACAAUGGAAGUAGCAAUUGGAAUCAGCGAAGAGAUUCUGACAGCGGUAGAGGAACUAGCGGGGAAAGAGGAAGGGGUCGAUAUGGAGCAAAUAGAGGUAGAAAUCAGGAUAACAGUUGGAGGGGCGGUAGAAAUCAGGAUAACAGUUGGAGGGGCGGACGAGGAAACUUCGGUGAUCGAACUUCCCAGAAUAGUCAAGGAUCUAGCUGGGGCAAAUCGGAUGCCGUUAACAGUAGUGAUCAACAAGGGAACAACGAUUGGAGUCGGGGAAAACCGGCUGCUGGAGAAAGCGCUUCAGCAUGGGGCAAGCAGAGCUCUAACUGGGGAAAGGAUGAUACAGAAAUCAAGGGGAACAACGCACCGUCUAGUUGGAAUAACAACACUGAAGAGAAGAACAGCUGGAACACCGGGAGAGCUUCUGGAGUUGAGAGUUCUGGCUGGGAGAAAAAUUCGACUGGAAGUGGAAGAGCUUCUGGUGAUCAAAGCGCCGGGUGGGAGAAAAGCUCGCCCGGAAAUGUUGGAGCUAUGUCGGGAGGGGGCUCGCGGGAGAAACCCAAAGAAGCCGAAGGCGGCGGUGCGGAUCAGGGAAGCUGCUGGGAUAAAGCGGCCGGGGCCUGGGGCGGGGCUAAGGGAGGAAGCAGUAGCAAAGGAGGGUGGUAGUUGCUGUUGGUAUUUAGUUACUUUGGCCAAAUUUUCUGUAACCUCAAGAUUCUGUGUUGGCAGUUUACUAAUAUUGGGAUGUUUAUGGUUUUCAUGUAGAUAUAUAUUUAGAACUUAAGAAGGCUUUAUCAUGCAGCUGUUUUAAUGAAUCUCUCUCUUCAGAUUCAGAGCUAUUGUAUUUCUUAUUCUUUUUCUCCCUCAUUUUCUAAUAUUUUUGCUUUUUAAUA